CAGUCGGGGCCAGGCCAGGCCAGCUCCCCUGGCAGCAGAGCUGGGGCAGGUGACGGGCGGGCGUCGCAGCUGAGGGAGUGAGGAGGCGCCUGGGAACUGGAGCUGGAAGCCUAACGAGGUCCAGUCAGAGCCCAAGAGCCGGAGCCGCCCCUCAACCCGUCCGCCAUGGGGGAGAUGGAGCAGCUGCGGCAGGAAGCAGAGCAGCUCAAGAAGCAGAUUGCAGAUGCCAGGAAAGCCUGUGCCGACGUUACUCUGGAAGAGGCUCAGAGGAAAACCGGCUCAGAGAGGUUAAGUAACAUGCCUGAGAUAACAAAGCAAGUAAAUGGCAAGUCAAGUCUUUUGACCCUGGAGCCCCAGCCUAAGUCUAGGAGGUCGAAGGAGUUUCAGGGGCACAGGACUGCAAGUUUCAGGAGGUGCAGUUCAGGGCCAUGGAGCUGCUCUGCGUAUCCAGUGAGAGCUGGCCGUGCAGCAGAGCUGGUGUCUGGUCUAGAGGUGGUGGGACGAGUGCAGAUGCGGACACGGCGGACGCUAAGGGGACACCUGGCCAAGAUCUACGCCAUGCACUGGGCCACCGACUCCAAGCUGCUGGUAAGUGCCUCGCAAGACGGGAAGCUGAUUGUGUGGGACACCUACACCACCAACAAGGUGCACGCCAUCCCGCUGCGCUCCUCCUGGGUCAUGACCUGUGCCUAUGCCCCGUCGGGGAACUUCGUGGCAUGUGGGGGGCUGGACAACAUGUGCUCCAUCUACAGCCUCAAAUCCCGGGAGGGCAACGUCAAGGUCAGCCGGGAGCUCUCUGCUCACACAGGUUAUCUCUCCUGCUGCCGCUUCCUGGACGACAACAACAUUGUGACCAGCUCCGGGGACACCACGUGUGCUCUGUGGGACAUCGAGACCGGGCAGCAGAAGACUGUGUUUGUGGGACACACGGGGGACUGCAUGAGCCUGGCCGUGUCCCCUGACUUCAAACUCUUCAUUUCGGGGGCCUGUGAUGCCAGCGCCAAGCUCUGGGACGUGCGGGAGGGGACCUGCCGGCAGACAUUCACGGGCCACGAGUCGGACAUCAACGCUAUCUGCUUCUUCCCCAACGGAGAGGCCAUCUGCACGGGCUCGGACGACGCCUCCUGCCGCCUGUUUGACCUGCGGGCAGACCAGGAGCUGACCACCUACUUCCACGAGAGCAUCGUCUGCGGCAUCACAUCCGUGGCCUUCUCCCUCAGCGGCCGCCUGCUCUUUGCGGGCUACGACGACUUCAACUGCAACGUCUGGGACUCCAUGAAGUGUGAGCGAGUGGGCAUCCUCUCUGGCCACGACAACAGGGUCAGCUGCCUGGGGGUCACGGCUGAUGGGAUGGCUGUGGCCACUGGUUCCUGGGACAGCUUCCUCAAAAUCUGGAACUGAGGAGGCUGGAGGAGGGGAGGUAAAAGGCCAUGCAGACACUCGGCUGCCCUCUGUCCUGCCCGAUUUCUUUAAGAUUUUCUCUUCUACCCCGCAGCCGCCCUUCCCGCCCGGCUUUCCCCUUUGAGGGCGUGGGGAGUAUGGGGAGCGUGCCUUUGGGAGGCAACACCAGGGACAUGGGUGGGGAACUGCCCCAUCUCCUCCCAUGGCCUCCCCUCUCCAUGGUCCUGACAGCUUCUCCCUUAAUGAGCAAGGACAGCGGACCCCCGGACCUCCACCCUUGGCAGGCCUAGCAGGCUUCCCAUCUGAGGCCACAGGCCUUAGGAUUCCCCCCCUACCUCCAGAGCCACCACCUUUGUCUAGAUGCGAGUGGCGCAGGGCCCUCAGCCCCGUGACUAUGGCUCUGGCACCACUAGGGUCCUGGCCCCCUUCUUCAUACUUUCUCCUUUGUCUACCUUCUUGCCUCUCCUAAAGCACUGGCAAUAAAGUAGUGCCCUGGUA